CGGUGCUACAACCAAAUCGCCAUUUUUGUCUUGCUCCAAAAUCUUCCCGUCGUUCCGGAACCAAUAUUAGGCUGGAUUUUACAGUGCUUGGUGAAUCUUAGCGGCUGCGUCGAACUCUCGACCCCGUUCCGGAAGGGUCAUAUAGCGUGCCAACGCUGCCCAGGACCAUGUUGAGGGUCUAGGGCACCCAGUGUAACACGGUCAAAAGUCGGCUGCAAAAUCCCAGCACAGCGCUCCGCUCUGCCUGUCCCGUGUACGUGUGUAUAUGUGUGUGCGUUUGCUGUUGUGCUCUGUGUGUUUCAUCGAAAACGGACUCCUUGUUAGGUUCUAGUUCACGCUUGUUUGCUUGUGCUUUUCUUAGCUCAAUACACACACACACACACACACACACACGCACACACGCACAGCGCGUGAGAUCAGCAUCAGAACUUGGACAGUCGAGUUGGCCGUGCAACGAAGGGUAAAGAUUUUGCAUCAACACCUGUGGGAAGGAAGCCGGGACGAGAGAGUAGCGAGGAGAUCAACUUUUAACCGAAGUCGCGAAAUCAAGAGGAGCAACAGUGGCAAAUUUGAGCAUACUCAUCUACAGAGAUACUACAAAGACGUCGCACGCCGUAAUCAACACAUCUAGACGGCAGUGCAGCCAUCCUUCGAACCAAACCCCAUAUUUCUUCACUGGUCUACGAGGGAACGAUGAGGGCGCUGCUGGCCGGGCAUAUGAUGAUAGUGCAGUUACAACCGAUCAAGCAACAACACAACCUGCUGUUUCAAGCGUUGUAGGAAGCCAAAACUAUUUCAGCAUCGCGGAAGGUAUCGGGAGCCAUUGGAACGUGGAAGGAAAAGUAAGAAGAUCUCACAAACAACGCAAGGAAAUCACUCAUGGACGGAGUUGUUCAGGUUCCCACUGCCAUCGUCUUUUAGUAUGUCAUUGAUGGGUGAUAGUUGGCACUAUAUCGAAACGAAGUAGGCUGCAGCAGUGGAGAGUUUAACAACACAACAGCAACAUUAGCAUCGGAACAUGGCGUCCGAUACGGAGGAUGAAUUGGUACCGACCACUUCGGUCAGCGCCGCAUCAGCGUCAACAACGUCGGCAACUAGGGCCGGUCGGCGUUUGCGAAACCGUAAUGUACUGAAUCUAGAGGACAGUGAUAACGAAAGCAGUGGGAGCGGGCCAAUCGCUGGUCCUAGCCGACGCCGGACAGUACCGGUCGCUAAGAUGGACCUGGCGUCGGAGAGCUCGGAGUGGGAAUCUGAUUGGAACAGUGACGAAGAGCAGCUGCUGGAAAAGGGCGACAAGGACGCAGUGGCGGCCGUGUUAGCCAGUAAGCUCGGUUACGCCUCGGACGAAUCUAGCGGCAGCAGCAGCAGCAACGAUAGUGAAAAAUGUCCCAUCUGUCUGCUGUCGCUUCACAAUCAGGAAGUCGGCGUACCGGAGGUCUGCGAACACGUAUUCUGCGCCCCGUGUAUAGAGGAAUGGUCGCGCAACGUAUCCACCUGUCCGAUAGAUCGGAAAGGCUUUGAGUUGAUAAACAUUUACGCGGAUUUGGAGCGACGACAGCAACAAAAGGAGGUUCUACGGGUGUAUCGCGUCCAACCGAAGCCGGUCGAAGGGGAGGUGGAUGGAGUGGAAGCGGAGGGUACCGGGUUAGCCGUUCCGGCAGAAGACGAACUAACGUACUGUGAAGUGUGCCGACAAGCACACAGCGAGGAGACGAUGCUGUUGUGCGACUCAUGCAAUCUCGGCUAUCACAUGGAGUGUCUGAAUCCGCCUUUGCUCGAGAUCCCAUCCGGUUCGUGGUAUUGCGAUUGUUGCUUUGCGUCUGGCUCGGACGAGGACGACAAUGAGCUGCAGGAUCUGCUGGAUGAUUUGAACGAGAUCGGUGGUAUGCGGGAGUCUAGGUUGCGGCAACGCAUUCACAGCCCAUUACGGAUUGUGCGGACACGUCAAAGCGAGCGUAUUAGGGCGGCAAUCCUUACGCGUGCGGCUGCGGCAGUGCGAUUGAACAUGGUCCAAAGUUCACCGGAUGGAGCUGGGCCGUCGACGGUGGCGGCAAGGGUACGUCGGUUGGCUGCUGGUUCUUCGGCGCACGGUGGUAGUAGCAGUAGCAGUAGUCUAGUUGCAGUUGCCGCUCCUCCACGUGCUCGCAAAACGGUUAAGCGGAAGAGGCGGCGCCGUACACGUCGAAAAAUUCUCAGCAUGAUAAUCUCUGAAUACGACGUGGAUGACAACGAUAACGGAACCGGUGUAGGAGGGGCCGGAGAUGGACAAAAGUUUGCGAUUAAGCGCAAAAAACUGUACAGUACACUGCGAAAACUGCGUAAGAAACGAGCGAAACGAAGGAAAAGUUCCGGCGUUGGAGGGAUGGGUGGAAGUAGACGACGUAGCGCUGCCGCUGCUGCUGCAGCUGCUCUGGCCACCAACGGCGAAAAUGGUGAUCUUUUGAGAUCGACAAAUGCAAUGACGGAUUCCGUACAGAGACAACGCAUCGGCGCAGGUAUAACGCCGCUGAAGAUUUUCGGCGGUCGAAAUGAUCUGGAUUACUUCAGCGAUGACGACGACGAAGAGGAAGGCAGUAGCACUGGGGGUGGCACGGGCGGUACAGGUGGAUCGACACUGAUCGCAGGUGGAGCGAUGAGUUCGCGCUUGCGAAAUGUGCUCGGACGCAGGCGAGUAUUGAAGAGUGGUUUCGAAAGUUUCAGCACGCCUUCACCGAGAGAAGCUGCAUCGACUGGAUCAGAUCUGCUCGGUAGCAUACUUGAGAGCCAAGAGCGAUGGCAUUCGAGGGACGGAUUACGAAACGUGCGCAUCAAUGGUGGAAAAAUUGUUUUCCCCAUUGAUCCAUCAAACGCGGAUUGUCGGCGAGGGGGACCUGCUGGACCGAGCGGAAAUGCGAGAGAAUCAAUUAUUACGGGAGCAGUAAAUGUCGCUGCUAAUACCCCUGGUAGCAGUACGACUACCCAAUCCAUCUCAGCCGGUGGAAGCAAUGGCGGAAGCACUAGUGGCCCACCCGGGUCCAACUCAUCCUCGAACAGCAUCGUCACCAAUGGUACUGGUGGUGCUGGAAUGAGUGGAGCAAGCAGUAGUAACACAAAUACUAAUGCAUCAACCGCUUACACCGGUGCAUCCGACACCGCAUUACUAGGUUCUUCCAUGAGCGGCAAAACGUCCACCACGCCCGCUGUAGCGUCGAGCAGCAAGCUGAAAAAAGAUGACGAAACGGAUGAAGAGGAUGAUGAAGUAUCCAAGGAAAACAAGACUGUUCCCGGUAAUCUACUGCCGAAAGGGCUUUCCCAUCAUGAUGUGGAUGGUGAUGCGGGAACUGGUGCGGCAGCCGCAUCUGAAAACAACUGUCCAAAUUUCUCAGUUUAUUCGUCGGAAACUUUGCAGUACGCGAAAGGUGGCGCUGACGGGAAUCAACCAUACGAUCCGCUCGACAGUGAACAGCGCACAGAUGAUGAAGAGGACGAUCGAUUUGCUGGCGAAAGGGACGAAGACUUGGUACAGCUCGAUGACGACGACAUGGAUGGCGAACCAUACACGGAUCCGAAGCAAAGUUCUGUAAACAACACUGGACCUGCUGUGAACGGCGAGGAUGAGAUGGUACCGGCACCAACAGCAGCUGGCAGUACGCCUGGUACCGCGGAUAACGUGGAUGAAAACGACGAAGGUACACCGGCGCGUGACGAAUUUGAUUCGGAUAGUGACGAUGAGCUGAAGAAGAUUGAGGCAGAUUCGAAUCGUGGUACGGAUGGGCGCCGAGGAGUUGGUGGGUUGGAUGCCCUGACCCCUCCAUUAACGACAUCGCUCGUGGCGGCCUUGGGAGCAUCGGGGGCAGCAAUGGCAGCCGCGUCAGCAAUCGCUACGGCCAACUUUGGUGCACCGGCCGGUUUAAUGGGAGCGACCGAGGACGAUCGCAGCUAUACGCCUUGCCUGGAUGAGAAAUAUCAAGAACGUCGGGAGCUAAUCGAUGCCGGGGAGGGACCUUCCGGUGAGUGUACGGCCUUGUUGGAUUCAUCGUCUCGUUUUCGCAGCCAGGGCAGUGCUAUUGAUUCGGCCGGCAUUGAUGGAAUGGAUACAGAAAUGAUCUCUGACGAAGAUGAUUCAGCUUUUGCGGAUGCAACUGCGGCAGUUGGAGAUCAUGCAGGCAGUGGUCCUUCCACCUCAAAAGGUGGUCAAUCGUCGAAAAGGAAGGAGCAACUUGCCUCCUUCAAGAAAGUCACGAAAAAAGGACGUGAGCGCAACUAUCGUGAAAAGGAUACGAAAAAACGAUCGUCUCGGGACCGAGGGCGACGCGGCAAUGAUACUAACGAGCACGGUGAUACGGAAAGAGACGCUCGCAAUGGAGAUGGCGAUGGGGAAAGCGGUGCUGAAGACAGUAAAUCAACCGAUCGUCGGAAUCGACAACGUCGCCCGAAGCGGAAAGAGUUGCCACGGUACGAUAUCCGGUCGAUAAUUGCAGAAAAAAGACCCCGUAUCUAUAAAGAUCCCUUCGGAAGAGAUAUUACACCGAAGCGAAGGUCACGCACUCGUUCUCCGUCGCGCAGCCGGUCACGGGAACGACGCAACAUGUCUAUUUCGCUUUCACCCGAACCACUACCGGCAGUAAGAUCGCGUGGGCCCGCUUCCGGCUUUCCUUCAGCUCGUAGGCGCUCCCUAUCACCUGCGCUUCCUCCACGACACCGUGGACGGUCACCGCCACACGGGGUACGUUCUCCAGUACCCCCAUUCCGUCGGUCGCCUCAUCGAUCGUCAUCAGGGUCGCGAUCCCGUUCGAGAGGAGGUGGUGGUGCUGGACGUUCUGGACCUCUCGGCAUGCGAUCACCCUCCCCGCGAUCAUCACCACUCCGUGGUCGCUUUGCCCGUUCUCCACGCUCACGAUCUAUAUCCCGCUCGCGCUCUCAUUCGCCACCGGCGCACCAUCGUCCGGCAGUGCGCCGAGGAAGCUUUCGACGAUCAAUUACACCGUCGCGAUCACGCUCACCACCGGAAAGACGCGGUGCAAGAGCGAAGAAGAAAGGCAAACGAAAGAAGCGACUGGUAUCUGUUAGCCGUAGCAGGAGUCGCAGUCGCAGCAGAAGCCGCAGUCGCAGCAGAAGCCGCAGUCGCAGUAGGAGUCGUAGUCGCAGUCGCAGCCGAAGUCGUGGCCGCGGGCACAAAACAUCCCUAGCGGCACGGAACCUUGGCCGGAAUAAGAAGAAGAACAAGAGCCGUCGCAGUGUGACACCUCCGCCGGUGAAGAACCUGAACAAGAAGCUAAAGAAAAAGAAAGAGCGAAAAAGAUCACUUUCGCCGUUGGGAUCACGAUCGCGGUCACGCACACCACCAACAGCACCUCCAACCGCAUCCGGCAUACUUACCGAGCGGUUUGCCAAGGGAGGAGGCCAGCGACAUCGCGAUAGUUCCUGGACACCACCACCACUGCCACCGCUGUCCAGCGCUCGUGCGAAAACGAACGGACCGGCCUCAUCUGCUUCGGCCGCGGCUAAUCUGACGGUCAUUCUCACGAACGAGGAAGCGCUGGCGAAACAGCAGGCCGAAGCCCUGCACGGUGGCAAGGAUCGGGAGGGGCGCAGCAACAAGCAGGCCCGGAAGGAGGCAAGGCGCCGGGAACGGGAGGCCCGCGAGAAGCAUGCCACUCUGCCCUCGAAGGAAGUAUUUACAUCGGGUGAUAAUAUUCUUGUAAGUGUUAGCUUUAACGAUAAGAGUGCGUCGUCGGUGGUGGCCACGGGAUCUGGUAAGGAUACGAGCGGACAAGAUAAGACACGCUCGGCGAACGUUUCGGCAACCGAGCAUUCGCGGCAUCACCAUCAUCAUCAUCAUCAUGGCCUUGAGCGACCGAGCGGUGGUAAGCAACAGCAACGGCAAAAGGACGCUACUGCCGUGACCGGUUCCGGUGCGUCCUCUGGUAAACGCCAGCGCCCAGCAGAAGGUGAGCGACCAAAGACUAAGAGACUCGAUGGUCGGCUAAAGCAACGUACGCGUCCCGCCGUCGAUAUUCCAACGAAACCGGUAGUAAUUAUCGAUUUGGAUGGAUCCCCAUUCCGCGUGUUGACACCGUCACCGAAAGCUGUCAUCGUGCUAUCGGAUAGCGAUACGGAAAAAGACAAAGAUCGUCGUGGAACAGGUGCAGUUGUCGGUAGUAUUGCGGGAGGUACUCCGGCUGGCGCAACCAUUGAUGCAGCAGGAAGCGCAGGUCAAGGUCAGGAGAAGAACAGCAAUGUAGUUGGCGUAAUGCUACGAAGUGGUGGAGCAGCUGGAAGUACACUUGGCCAAUCGCUCGGCUUGAUGGAAGGGCCGAAUUCGAUGAGUGGCGCGGGUGGACUGUCGGUGGGAAGUACAGCAGCUGGUACGUCCGGUUCUAAUGGUGGAGCGAUGCGCAAAACGCCACCAGAGCGCCGCUCACCCGUCGAUGACAUGUUCGGACCGAAGACUCCACCAGGAUUCCCGACCAGCAGCAGUGGUGCCGCAAUAGGCAGCAAUCAGCAAUCGUUGAAAACACUGCAAGCACCAAAGUUCUCGAUGCAGGUUAAAACAAAGUCUACCAACGUUCGACCCGUCAAUCCACUGUACGAUCCGGGUGAUUUGGACGAAGGCAAAGAGGACACCCCGGAACGGCAAGAAGGUACGGUAGCGGGUGAAGGAACGAUGGGAGAAGAAGAUGGUGAUGUGCCUCCGUCACAGGGGAUGAGUUACGGAGCGGGCAGCGGUGUAGGUGGAACAAUAGCCACUGUAGGACCGAAUACGCCACCGGAACCGGCACCGCAAUCACCUUCGCCCGACGUGUACGAUCCGUUCGAGCCGACGAAAUCACCUUCGCCUUCACCGACUCCCGGUGGUUCGUCGCGUGACCGAUCCGAUGCUUUAUCGAUCGGUAGGCUAUCGGAUGAAGAGCAAACGAAAACGACGAACAGAGACGGUCCAGCGUCUGGUUCUGGAACAGAGGGUGGCAUGAUGAUGAUGGACAGUGCCACCGCUGCCAGUGCUGUUGGAUCAAGUGAUACCAUGAACGGCGGUACCGUCGGAAACGGAGCGGAUGUGGUACAUUCUCGUACACCUCCACAGUCCCUAAUAGGACGCAGCAAUGGUAACACUGGGAAAGUUCAAAUGCUCAACAACAUCGUGCUCAGCGGAACGGCGUCUAACUCGAAUGCGAAGGUACCCGAUCCGGCCGGUACCAACUCCGAUUCGGACGUGAUCUUUGACGAGUUUGUACCAUCAUCGAGCGGGCCGAACAAUAAUCUCAUCUCGAAAUUGCCAUUGCCACUGGCCGGAUCCGCCGGCCAAGGUCAGCCCGGUGGUAAGUUCGGUGAUUUCAUGAACCCGACCGAUUCUCCGUACUCGCCGGGUGCGAGCGAUUUUGACGAUUUGUUUGAACCACCCGGCGGUGCGGGGAUGGAUAUACUGGAUUCGCCACCGCUGCACACGCAAUCCGGCAGCAAACAGCAGGCAAAUCAUCAGCAUCAGUUGAACGCGAACACGCAGCUUCCCGGGGGUCGAUCGUCCAAAACGAUGCCAACGACGAAAGCGGCCAAAAAAUCAACCAACCAGUUUGAUACACUGUUUGGAUCAUCACCGAACCAGCAUCACGGCGGUAAGGCAGGUCGCAGUCGGAAGGGCCAACACAAACGCUCGAAGGGAGGCAAAUCUAACCAAAAAGGUGACACUGCUAAUGACGAAGAUCCGUCGAAGAUGUCGGAUAAGGAGAAGUACCUGAAGAAACUCAACCGGCUCGAGCGCGUCGUCGAGGAGGUCAAACUGGUCAUCAAACCGUAUUACAACAAGAAGCAAAUCAAUAAGGACGAGUACAAGGAUAUUUUGCGUCGCGCGGUACCGAAGAUCUGCCACAGCCGCACCGGGGAGAUAAAUCCCAUUAAAAUACAGAAGCUCAUCAAGGCGUACGUGCGUAAAAUACGCGCCAAACGGCGCCUAUCGAAGAAGGGUUCCGGUGGUGGUGCCAUUGGUCAGCUUGGAUUACCAAUGGCAAACAACAAUGCAAUCAUACUCUAAAACAGGAUAAAGAAGGAUAAAGGCGGUGUCUAUAUGUCCCGUUUCUAAAACAGAAAUGGGGAAGAAAAAUGUCAACCCGGUGUGCAGAUGAUGUUGGUCGGUAGCGUAUGACUCAAUACCAAGGUCAGUAGCAGUCUACAUCGUCUACCGACCUGUGUAGGCAAUGACACAUACCUGAGACUUUUCAACUAUGCAUGUGUGUGUGUGUGUGUGUACAGUCGAGAGUAAUAAAUAGAGCGCACCAGUCAAGCCAGCCAAGCCAGGGCCCAGACCGACACUGGCUAUAGAGUCAAAUAAUACUAUACAUGGAACUGAACAAAAUUAGCAAAAUCAUUAACAAUUAUUCCCACAUGGCAAAACAGCAUAGGGAUAGCGAAGAGGGCAGUGACACGCAAUAUCGUUCGCGAGACGAAAUUAUUAUGGUAAAACAGCGAACGAAACGAGGCGUAAAAAUUACGAAUUGCUUAUCAAAACACAGACCGGUUUUUUUUUUAUCAAGGCCCGGUGUACUUUAGGAAUUUUAAUGUUGGUAAUCAUUAGUGUUAGGAUUAUGCUUAUUUUUUUAUUAGUUUAUAGUGCGUAUUUUAUUAACCUCUCCUGUCGUUAGGUUUGUGUAUCUGUGUACAGAUGUAAGCUGAAGUGUCGUAGGAUAGGAAGUUUGAAAACAAUUCGCAUUGCGCAAUGAUAUUGAUGGAGCCACGGGAGUGCCCUGCGCGUGCAACACUCUCGAUGAUGAAUAGAUUGAUUUGUUUUAAAUUCGCCUAUCCAUCUUUUCUCCCCUCCAGUAAAGUGUACUUUCAUGUGGCGGAUUCGAUUGUGUUCUGUCUGGUUUACUGGGGGAAAAGCAUAAAAAAAAAAUCCAUCUGCAGAAAAGUAGGUGACUUUACGUACCGUUCAACACAGUAGUAUAUAACCGUACAACGCGUGAUUUAGCACACCAUCCCUUGGUUUUGGGGCUUCUAACCAUGCGUUAGUGUUAGUAUCAGUUAAUUAAGAAGAAGAUGUAGACUUUUUACGGAAGAGAACCAGUAUGAUCGUAUACAAUAACUUCUUGUAGUGGAACGAUCAUCCGAUGCAAAAGAUCGUUUCAACCAAUGGUGUGCAUGGAAAGUUUAGCAGUGAUUGUACACAUGUGUCCUGCAAUUGAGUAUAGUGUGUACUCUCUUGAACGUUAUUAACCCCCUUGAGAUGCUUCAGAUACUUCAGAUAAAUUUAAGAGCAUAACGAAAAAAAAAUCACUGUUUUAGACGCAAACGCGCGACCGGCAGAAAACAAAAUAUAGUGCAUCCAAAUAAAGCAUUACCGCUUAAAAGUAAGAAUAGAAGAAAAGGUAAACAAACAAACGAAUAUUAAACACAAAGCACACACUUUCUAUGCAUGGUAAAAAGCCGCAAGGUCUGUUAAGUGAAUGUGCUGUUGCGUGUAACAUUAGUGAAUAGAAAUAAUGACGGUAGGAUAUAGAGAACCUCUCCCCCCCAGUCCAGUCCUUAUGUAGCGGACGGUUGCACAGGAAGGUUGCCCACUAGAGAACGAACUGUAAGUAUGGAAAAUGGAUAGCGCGUAUAUGAAAGGUGUAACCCUAGAAUCAAACCUUAUAUGUGUUUCGGCACUAUAUAGUAACAUCGAUUGACCGAUUGGACCGAUUUCGAUUGCCAAGGGUUUCAUAUUCCUUUGUAAAUGGCUGAUAGGAAUUUGAAACGGUGUAGUCUUAGGCUUCCUUUAUUAUGCGCGAGCAAUGCAACUGCACCGUGCUCUGAUUAAAACAAAAAACAGAUGUAACAUUUAAGAUAUUUAUAGAUUGGUUGUAUUAUAGACAAACUAAAAAAAAAAGGGUAAACUGUUGUGGCGCGGAGAAAGACUAGCGAAGAUGUUACACAUCCACACAAAAUGAGACGAAGAAGCUGAUGGUUGAUGGAAAAGCUACCGGUGCGGCGCGUGAGCCGCUUAUCAUAGAUUCCUCCCGGUGGGUGUGUGAUAAUAGGAUGCGAACAGUAACGUGUUGGACAACCCUGCAAGUAAUGCAAUCCAGAUAGAACCUCUCUAUGCUAUAUAAUUCGAACCCUGCUAAAAGGAUUAAUAUACAUAUUUAUUACCAAUAAUAUCUACUGCACACAGUCACGCGCCAGCAUAUAAGAUACACAGUACACACACACACACACACACACACAUCCACAUUCACAUUCAUCUUGGCUAGCGCUAACCAUAAUUAGUGAUAAGCCAAGGCAGGUAGUGUACUCGCUGUUAAGUAGUAGACGGUAAUCAUAGGGGGUGUCUCCGGUUUCGCAUUGUUGUAGGCAAAACAAAGCUCUGUGCGUGCUUGUCGUGGCUUCAAUAAUGCGAUUAAAUCCUAAUUCGCUCACCAGCGAGAGGAGCGUCCCAACCGUUGCGAAGAGAACUGAUGGUUUUGGGUGUGGAUUAACCGGAUAUAGAGAUUAUAUUUAUGAGCGAUUGCUAGAGAUCGCGGGCCGUAUUUUCUAAUAUGUUCCCAAUACAUUUGCUCUUUGGAAUUAUUCGAAAAAGCAUUCAGUGAUGAAGCAAGUAAAUAUGAGAAAAAACAAAAAAAAAAGACGACACAAACGAAAA